AUGGACGGAGACGAGGACGGCGCCGGGCGCGUCCGAGAACUUCAAGAGCAGAGGAUGGCGGUCCAGAAGAAAACCUUCACCAAAUGGAUGAACAGCGUCUUCUCCAAGAACGGGGAGAAUAUGGAGCUGACAGACGUUUACACGGAGCUCAAAACCGGUGUGGUUCUGAUCCGGCUGCUUGAGCUCAUCGCCACGGCGACGCUGCCGCCGCCCAGCCGCCGUAAACUGAGGGUCCACUUCCUGGAGAACAACAGCAUCGCCAUCAACUUCCUGAAGACUAAGAUUCGAGUGGAUUUGAUUGGUCCCGAGAACGUGGUGGACGGGGACCGCACGCUGAUCCUGGGUCUGCUCUGGAUCAUCAUCCUCAGGUUUCAGAUCGGAUGCAUCAACCUGGACGAGGUGGGGGGCGGAGCCAGCAGCAUCCAACGCUCGGCAAAGGAGGCCCUGCUGAUCUGGUGUCAGCGGAAGACAUCAGGUUACGCUAACGUUGAUGUCAAGGACUUCACUUCCAGCUGGAAAGACGGACUGGCCUUCAACGCCCUCAUCCACGCCCACAGGCCCGACCUGUUUGAUUACAACCGUCUCCAUGGCGAUGAUGCCCGGGGUAACCUGCACCACGCCUUCAGCGUGGCCGAGCGAGCGCUAGGCAUCAUGCAGCUCCUGGAGGUGGAUGACAUCAUGGCGCACCCGGACGAGAAGUCCAUCAUGACCUACGUGUCUCUGUACUACCACUACUUCUCCAAGGUCAAGCAGGAGCAGACCGUCCAGAAGAGGCUCGCUAAGAUGGUGGGCUUGCUGAUGGAGCUGGACGCCAUGAAGGUCCACUAUGAGAAGAUGGUGUCUGAUCUCCUGCAGUGGAUCCAGAUGAUGGUGCUGCGCCUAAACAACAGAACCUUUCCAAACUCAGUGAGGGAGCUGCAGGUGCUCAUGGCAGCAUUCAAGACCUACAGGAUGCUGGAGAAACCUCCCAAGUAUCAGGAACGUGGGGCCAUCGAAGCCCACUUGUUCAGUCUGAAGACUCAACUGGCCGCCAACAACCAAAGAGCCUACACGCCCCCAGAAGGUAAAACCCUCAGUGACAUUGAGAGAGCUUGGAGUCUUUUGGAGAAAGCAGAACAUGAGCGAGAACAAGCCCUGCAGGAGGCCCUCCUGCGCUUGGAGAACCUGGAGCAACUUGCCCAAAAGUUCGAGAGAAAGGCCGCUCUGAGGGAAGGCUAUCUGGAGGACACGUUGCGCCUGAUCCGCAGGCAGGACUUCAGAGGUCUGAGCACGUUGGAGGAGGCCCAGGCGGCCAGGAGGCGUCUGGAGGCGCUCGCCACCGAUGCUCAGGCCAGAGAGCCUCGUUUCUCCGCUCUACGAAACAUGGCGGACACCAUCAGGAGGGAAAAUUACCACAGCAAGGAGCGCAUCAUCAGGAGGGAGGAGAACAUCAGUGGACGAUGGAAGGAGCUGCUGCAGCAGCUGCAGGAGCAGAGGGGGCUGCUGGGAAAUGUAGUGUCCACUCUCAGCAUCCUGAGAGACAUCCACAUCGUCUCCCAAGAGCUGAAAGAUCUACACACCCAGGCCACCUCCUCCGAGCUGGGUAGGCAGCUGACCGAGGUGGAGGCGCUCCUCCAGCAGCACGACCUCCUGCAAGCUCAAAUCUCCGCACACGGCGACACGAUCGCCGUCAUCAGCAGCGCUGCCCUCAAAGGAAAGUCCAGAGAUGAUCAGCAGAUCCAGAGCAGAGUGAGAGCUCUGGACACACAAUAUAAAUCUUUGAUCUCACACAGCAGCAGCAGGAGAAUCCAGCUGGAGGCUCAGCUCAGACUCUUUGAGUUCUUCCAUGACUGCGAGGAGAUGGAGGCGUGGCUUUACGAGCGCUGGCUGCAGCUGCAGGCGGCGUCGCUGGGCCGAGACCUGAACCACGUGCAGUUGGCCCAACACAAGCACAAGGCGCUGGAGGUGGAUCUCCAAGCCCAGGAGUCCGUGUAUCAAGGUCUUCUGAGUCGAGGUCCUGAUCUGACCAACAAGCAGAAUUCAUCAAACCAGCGGACCAUCCAAAAGUGGGUGAGAACCUUGAAGAAACUCUGGACACACCUGAGUGCCGAGACCAUCGCACGCCACCAGAGACUGCAAGCGGCCGCCGCCAUUAAACAGUACUUCGCAGACGUGGAAGAGGCGAACUCCUGGCUGAGUGACAAGAAGCCGCUUUUGACCAGUGAGGACCACGGAAAGGAUGAGUCCAGCUCGGCGGCGUUGCUACAGCGCCACCUACGCUUGGACAAAGAAAUGGCGUCCUACGGCGUGGAAAUGAAGCGACUGUCAGAGCACGCGAGGAACGCAGCACAGCUGACGGCGUUCACGGCAGAACCUCAGACGGGUCACAUGAUCCAAUACAGCGAUUCAUCUGAUGAUGAAGAUGGUCCAAAUGUCAUCAAAAGUGGUUCUGUUAGCGAGGGAAUCAAGGCCAAGGUCCGCUUCAGAUACAGUCGAGGUGAGUUUCCAUUGGAUCGCAAUGAGACAGUGACCAUCAUCAGAACCGACCCGGAUGACGACAGAGUCUGGGUCAGAGAUGCUCGAGGACACCAGCAGCCGGUCCCCAAGACCUACCUGACUAUGCUGCCAGUACUGGCUCCUCCCACCUCGCCAGCCCCCGCCAAAGGCAUCACAGACAACCAGAGCAGGAAUCUGAGCCGUCCAAGGCGAAGCCGCUCGAUGCACCGCGGCACAUCUGAGAUCCAAACAACAUGGCUGCCGGACCCUCAGUACCAGAAAGACACUGUGGAGCAGACGCAGGCCCGGCUGGACCAGGACUACAAGACUCUGUGCCAUCUGGUCCAGUCCAAGUUGAAGGUUCUGGAGGAGGCGUUGCUCCUGCAUCGCUUCUACAACAGCUGCCAGGAGUUUGAGUCCUGGAUGGAGGACAAGGAGAACGUGCUCAACACCUUCCACACGCACGCUGCCCACAUGGACGUUCUGCAGGCCAAAUACGAGAACUUUGUGACGGAGCUGAUGAGUGGGCGUGGCCAGCUGGAUGAAAUCAACAAAAUGUCGCAGCAGUUGGUCAAGAGCCGACAUAGCAAACACAGAGAGGUCCAAGUCCGCCAGGCCAGCAUUUCCAGCAGGUGGGAUCGGAUCCAGCGUCGGAAGGACGAGAAGGCACGUGAGUUGCUGAGCACAGCCGACGUGCACUCCUUCCUCCAGAGCUGCCAGGAGGCCAGGAUGCAGCUGCAGGCCCAGCUGGAGCAGCUGGAUGGCGCCAACGUACAUGUGGGCGGCGGCUUGUUCAUGCUGAGGGCCGACCAGCAGAACCAGGCCGAUGUGGUCCGAGACAUCAAGACGCUGGAGGGCAAGAUUGCGUACCUGAAGGGCGUGGCCAAGAUGAAGCAGGACUGCAGUCCAGCGGAGAGCGCGGCCAUCAUGGAGGAGGUGCGAGGUCUGGAGACGCUCCUCAAGCAGCUGAAGAGUCAGGCUGCCAACCGCCAGCGCCUCCUGGAGGAGGCCUUGAGGCUGCACCGCUUCCAGCAGGAGGCCAAGGAGUUGCGGCGCUGGACCAUCGCCAUCCAGGACCGCCUCCUGCAGGAGGAGGUGGUGACUGACGUGGCCUCGGCCAUCGCCCUGCUGGAGGAGCACCAGGAGCUCCUGCUGGAGAUGGAGGAGCAGAAGAGGAGACUGAAGGAGACGGAGACGUUAGGCGAGUCUCUCCAGCGGUCAUCAGACAGAACGUCUACCGGGGUCAACAUCCGACAAGUCAUUGAGGAGCUGAAAGCUGAUUGGUCCAAGUUGGAGCACCUAUGCAUGAACAGGAAGCAGCGCUUGGACCAGCAGAUGGACUUGCAGAGACUGAACCAGGAGGGAGACCGGAUCGAGACCGCUCUGUCUGGACACGAAACCCGACUCAGGGUGAAAGACGUCGGGGAUUCCGUGGAUGCAGUGGACAGUCUGCUGGCUCGGCAGGAAGAGCUGGAGGUUCUCCUGAAGGCUCUGGACCAACGUGUGGAUCAUUUCUCCAAGCGCAGCGAGGAGCUCGUCGGCCAGCAGCAUUAUGCCACUAAACACAUCCAGCAGAGGAGCAGAAACAUCCAGAAGAUCAACAAGGACUUGAAGGAGAGCAGCGGCGAGAGGCGACGUCUGCUGCUGGCCUCCAAGAAAUAUCAGGAGUUCCACAGGGAUGCAGACGAGUUGUUGUUGUGGAUGGAGGAGAAGUUCAAGGUGGCAGAAGAUGAGUCGUACCGCGAGCCCACCAACAUCCUGUACAAACUGAAGAGACAUGAGGCAGCCGAGCGUGAGAUGCAGGCCCACCAGGUGUGGCUGGAGAGAGUGGUCCAGCUGGGGCGUGAGGACCACGACAACAACGUGAGUAUCAGCAGGAAGUCCUCUCAACUCAGCAGCCGUUGGAAGCGUCUCCAGGAUAAGAUGGCCGACCGCGGCGACAAGCUGAGGCAGGCGGGGCAACAGGAGCAGCUGAUGGAGCUUCUGAAGGACGCCAAGGUGAAGAUCGAGUCUAUUCAGUGGAUGCUCAACAACGGUGCCAAAGGUCACGACCUCCGUUCCAGCCGCCAGCUACUCAAGGAGCAUCAGCAGCUCGAGCAGGACGCCAAGCAGCUGGCGGAGAAGAUCAACGCCAUUGUGGGCAGGGCCAAACAUCUGGCAUCCAACCACUUUGACUCAUACCGCAUCCUGCAGGAGACCGACGCCUACCUGAGCCUGUUCAAGUCCCUUCAGAAGCCUCUGGACCGGCGCCGGGCUCAGCUGGAGGCUUUGGUACUUCUCUUUGAGUUUUAUCAUGACGUGGACCUGGAGCUCAACUGGAUCUCUGAACAUGUGCCCGCCGGCGGCUCUACGGGAUACGAUAAGUCUUUGGCGGGCGCCGUCAGCCUCAUGCACAAACACAAGGAGUUGCAGGCUGAGGUGAACGCCCACUCGAAGCACCUCAACCAUGUCCUAAAGAAGGGGCGGGGCCUGGCCAAGUCUAGCCAAUCACAUGCUGAGGAAGUCCUUAAAAGGUGCAGAGGCCUGAGCGAAGAGUGGGCGGAGCUUGAGGAAGCGUGCAGCAGAAGAGCAGCCCACCUGAGCAAAGCCAUCACCAGAGAGCAGCUGCUGUUGGACUGUUCUGAGCUGGAGGCCCGUCUCAUGGAGGCUUUGGACCUGGUCAGCUUGGAGGACUUUGGCAAAGACCAGUUGGCCACGCAGAGUUUCAUCAGCAAGCAGCAGGUUCUGCAGGCCCAGCUGGAGGUUCUGCAGGUAGAAGUGGACCAAUUAGAAGACCAGGUUGACCAGGCGGUUCAGAACUGGAAUCUGGAGGAGUUGAGCAGACCCUUGAGUCGCCUGUGUAGUGUCAACCAGCAGCUGCAGCAUCAGGCCAAGCUCAGAGGUCAAAGGUUAAGAGAAGUUCUGCACCUGCACGAGUUCAGACGGGAGGCGUCUGAGUUGGAGGAGUGGCUGCACCAGCAGAGGCAGACGGCGGAGUCUCAGGACGUGGGCAGCGACUACCAGCACGUUCAGCUGCUCUGCAGAAGAUUCCAAGCGUUCCUCAAACAGCUUGAGGUGGCCGAGGAGCGACUGCACGCGUGCAGCGACCUCGCCACUCGUCUCAUCGCCAGCAAACACCCGCAGAGCGCCGCUGUGAAGGAGGCAUUGCAGGAGCUCAGUGCAUGCUGGGAGGACCUGAGGGGCGUGGCCAAGGAGCGUCAGAGCCAGCUGCAGAAAGCGGAGGAAUGUCAUCACUUGUACCAAGACCUGAGUGACGCUUUGACGCUCAUCCAGGAACGGAAAAAGAGCAUCCCAGAUGACAUGGCGAAGGACUGGCGAGGAGCGAUGUCGCAGCUCAGGAAACACGAGGCUCUCCUCCAUGAAUUAGCCACCACUGAGCAACAGCUUCAGGAGCAGCUGGACGCUGUGGACAGCAUCCUGGACCUCUGCUCACCGCAGCUGAAGCUGCGCUUACAGGAAGUGCAACACCAAGUGGUUGAGCAGUGGGAGGAGCUACGUUUCCACACCGAACAGAGGGAGGUGGAGCUAAAGCUAGCAUGCCAGAGAUACUUGUUUCUCAACACGACGCAGGACUAUGUGCUGUGGAGCAGUCAGGUGAUCGUGUCCAUGGCCGCUGAAGAGAGCAUCAGCGACGUGGUGAUGGCUGACCUCCAGCUAUCUCAGCACCAGCAGCUGUGGGCAGAGAUGGAAGCUCGGCAGGAGGUGUACCAGCAGGCCAUGGACAUGGGGGAGGAGAUACAGCAGCAGGACAGAAGCAACAGGAAGGAGGUGAGGGAGGAUUUGAUGCAGAUGCAGAUUCACUGUGAAGGUCCCUGCUGGCUCUCCCUGCAGGUCCUGGAGAAGAUGGACGCCUUACAGGCCGAACGAGAGAAGCUGGAGGAGCAGUGGAACCAAAAACAAGCUUGGUUGGAGAACGUCCACCUGGAGCAGAUCUUCUACAGAGAUGUCAGCAGCAUGGACAAGACGUGCGGCUCACAGGAGGUCUUGUUGAAGAAUAGCACUCUGGGUGACACGGUGGACGAAACAGAAGGUUUGAUGAAACAUCAUGAAGCUUUUGAGAAGCUGCUCACUUCGCAGGAGGACAAGCUGGCGUCGCUGAAGGACCUGGCUGGUCGACUGAAGAAGCUCAGCAGAGAGAAAAGUGGUCGUGUCCAAAGCAGACUGAAAGCUCUCCUCCAGCGACGUGAAAGGAUCAAAGAGCUCUCCGUCCAACGGAGGGAGGAGCUUCAACUGUCCUGGCUGCUCUGCGUCUUCAACCGAGAUGUUGCUGAGGCGGAGGCGUGGGUGAGCGAGCGCAUGCUCAAACUGUCCGACGACGGAAAAGCCGACCUCAGCAAACUGCAGAUCAAGAUGAAGCUCCUGCAGAAGCAUCAGGUGUUCGAAGCCGAGAUCCUGGCGCACGGUGAGGUCAUCAGCGGGAUACGGCAGGCUGGCGAAAAACUGGUCUCCCUUCGCCACCCGAGGUCCAAGGAAGUCAGGAGGAGCACUCAAGCUCUGGAGCGCCACUGGGAGGAGCUGAAGACGGCCGUGGCCACGAGAGGGAAGCUUCUGGAAGACAGCAGAAAUUUCCUGGAGUUCCUGCAAAAGGUGGAAGAGGUGGAGGCCUGGAUCCGACAGAAGGAAGUGAUGGUCAACGUGGGAGAUGUUGGGAAGGACUACGAACAUGGACUUGAACUUUUGAAGAAACUCAGCGAGUUCCGAGGAAAAGGAGGCGGGGGUGUGACAGUAGAUGAUGCCCACAUCACUGCCAUCGACCGGCUUGCGGCCCGACUGGAGAAGAGACAGAGCGCUACGGAGCUUCACACCGUCAGACAGAGGAGACAUCAACUGAACGACAGGUGGACAAAGUUCCAUGUGGACCUCAACACAUACAAGAGGAAGCUGGAGGAGGCGCUGGUGGUCCAUGCGCUCAUCAGAGAGCUGGAGGAGGUCCGAGACCGAGCCAACGAGAAGAUGAUGCCUCUGCUCGACCAGGACUGUGGUGUGGACGUGGAGAGCGUGGAGAACCUGAUCAGGCGACACGAAGAGACGGAGAGAGAGACCAAGGUCAUCGAGGAGCGAUCAAAGGUUCUGGAUAAAGAUGUCCACCAUCACUUGAAGCUUCGGUCUGUGAUGAGCAAGAAGCUGGAGGACAAACAGGAGGAGCUUCAUAAGGCUCUAUCAGCGCUGAACAAGGAGUUGAACCACAGGAAGAAGAAGCUUCAGGAGGCUCAUCAGCUUCAGCUCUUUAAGGCGAACCAGCGCCUCCUGCUGGACUGGACCCUCAAACAAAGCAGUGAGCUUUCUGAGAAAGGUCUCCCCAAGACCAGAGCAGAGGCUGACCGCCUCAUUGUGGAGCACCAGGACCAGAAGACGGAGAUCGACACUCGGACCGAGCGUGUCAAAUCUGUCCGAGACUUUGGACUCAGUCUGAUCCAGUCUGGCCACAGCUGCAAGGCCGAGAUUCAGAAGGCUCUGAACCAGUUGGGAGAUGCCAAAGAUGGACUGGACCGAGCCUGGCAGGACCACAGCACAAGGCUGGAGCAGGCGCGCUCGCUGCAGGUCUUCCUCGCCUCUGUGGAGCAAUGUGAGAGUUGGAUCGGUAACAAGGAAGCUGUUUUGGCCAAUCAGGAUUUUGGGAACUCGGUGGCCGAGGUGGAGACCCUGCAGAGGAAGCAUGUUCAGUUUGAAGAGACCCUGGAUGCCCAGCUGGACCAGGUGGACCAAGUGGAGAAACUGGCACAGAAGAUGAUCCAGCAGAAACACUUUGAUUCUGACAACAUCAGAGCAAAGUCCGACGCCCUCGUUGCUAGGCGGAGUCAGCUGCAGCAGCAGACCAGCUCUCGUCACGAAGAUCUGCGACGGUCACUGCAGCUGCAGCACUUCCUGUCUAACAGCUACCAGGUGUGCGUGUGGUUGAACGAGCGUCAGGCUGUGGCAUCGGACGAGAGCUGGAGAGAAGCCAGCAACCUUCAGGCCAAAGUGCUGAAACAUCAAAGUUUGGAAGCUGAGAUCCUGGCUAACCGCUACCGGGUGGACGCUCUCGCCAAGGAAGCUGACAAGCUGCUAUCUGAUGGUGGAACCGUCGUGGCCAAGGUGCAACCUCGUCUCAAGGAGCUGACGGAGGGCUGGGCCGCUCUGAUGAGGAGCUGUGAGGAGAAGAAGAACCGUCUGCAGGAGGCCUAUCAGGCGCUGCAGUUCCAGCGCUCCCUGGAUGACAUGGAGGAGUGGGUGGAGUCAGUAGAAAGGGGUGUGGCUAGUGAUGACUGUGGGAAUGACCUGCCUUCAGUCAACACACUUUUGAAGACUCUACAGAGUCUGGAGGACGAGGUGGACGGACUGCGAGAUAGACUUCAGAGUUUGUUGGAGAUGGUGGAGAACUUCCACUCUGAGGGGAACUUCCGAGCAGAGGAGCUCCAGAACCGAGUGUCCAACAUCAUCCACAGGUACAACAGCCUGUCGCAGCCCCUGCAGAGUCGCAGGGACACCCUAGAAGCCUGGCAGGUCCUGUUCCAGUUCACCAGAGACCAGGAGGAGGAACUGGACUGGCUCAGACAACGACUGGCCUCCAUCUCAUCCACAGACUGCGGAGGCUCUCUGAGCAGCUCCCAGCAACUCCUUCACAAGCACCAGGUGGUGAUGCAAGAGCUUUCCAGCCGCACCCCAUUGAUCCAAGCGGUUGUGGAGGCGGGGCACAGCUUGGUCAGAGGUCGUCACUUUGCCUCACAUGACAUUCAGGAGCAACUGGACGAGCUCAAUCGUGUCCACGAGGAGGUGAAGAUGGAGGCGGAAAUGAAGGAGAGGCUCCUCCAGGGGGCGCUCAGCAUCCACGCCUUCCUUGCAGAGCUGUGCGAGCUGCAGCUGUGGCUGGAAGAGCAGCAGGAGAUGCUGGAGUCUAACGACUGUGGGCGGAGCCAGGAGGCCGCAGAGGCGCUGCUCAGGAGGCUGGACCCUGUGGACGUGGAGCUGGACAACCACAGGAGGACUUUGGACCGCCUGCAGGACAGAGGAGACUCCCUGCAACAGCUUGGACAUCCCAACAGUCACAUGGUCAGCGAGUCUCUGUCGUCUGUGUCUGACCUCUUCGACACAAUUGGACGACUUUGUGUGUCCCGGCGCGGCGCUCUGGAGGACCAGGUGCGUCUCUUCGUGUUUGACAGAGAGGCCAAAGAACUCCAAACAUGGCUGACCUCCAGGAAGGCGCUGGUGGACUUAGAGGACUGUGGACAAGACCUGGAGGACGUGGAGGUUCUUCAGAAGAAGCUGGAGGUUCUGGUGUCAGAAGUCCGUGGUCUAGGUCGCAGUCGCCUGACCUCGGUGCAGCAGCUCGGUCGAGGACUGCAACAGGACACUCAGGCCCGCAGGAGGACUGAGGCCCUUAGUCGGCUGUGGGACGACCUUGAUGAUGCCAUCAGAACCAGAGAACAGAACUUACAGUCAGCCAGAGACAUUCACCAGUUUCAUCACGACGUGGAUGAGCUGAAGAGCUGGAUGGCCGAGAAGGAGGCCGUGCUGGACUCGGACGAGCAGGACCAGGACCUGCAUGGCGUCCACACACGCCUGCAGCAACACGAGGCACUUGAGAGAGACCUGCUGCUGAUUUCCGCCGAGGUGACCCGGACCAGAGAGGAGAGCCGGACACUGAGCACUCGUCAUCCUCAGGCCCGAGUGGCCGUGACUCGCAGGCUUGAUGACCUGCAGUCCUACUGGACCUCCAUCCAGGACAAGGCCAGCCGGCGCCACGCUAUGCUGGGUCAGGUGGAGGAGGUCCAGAAGUACUUAUCCGUCUGGACCGAGCUCAUGACGUGGCUGCGGGAGAUGUUGGUGCUGGUGAAGGGGGAGGGACAGGCUGGGGAGGGAAGUGACCUGGAGGAGUUAAUUAAAAGACACGAGGAGUACAAGGUCCAGAUGGAGAGACUGGUCAUCAGGUGCCAGGAGGUGAAAAGUGAUGGUUGGCGUCUCCUGAAAGACAGAAGCUUCAUGUCCAAAGAGGUGGAAGGGCGUGUCCGUGAGCUGGAGGAGCUGGAGCAUCAUGUGGAGGAGACCUGGAAGGAGACCCGUCAGCUGUAUGAGGAGAUGCUGGAGGUGGAGCUUUUGCAGAAGGAGUUGCAGCAAGCUGAGCGUUGGCUCAGUUCCUACGAGGAGAUGCUGACGGAUCACCACUACGGGGAUUCACUGUCAGAUGUUGUGGAUCUCCUGAAGAGGCAGGAGGACAUGGAGGCCAUGAUCCAGGCCCAGAGUGAACGCUUUGACGCCCUCAACAAGAAGACCACCCAGAGAGAGAGGAGGCUUGCUCUCCAUGGAAAGCAGGAGAAGGAGCCCCUCCAGAAAAGACCACCUACCAGAGUUUCAUCCCUCCGUAAGGCAUCAGAUCUUAAAAGUCCAUACAGUGACCCAAAGACCCGUGAAGAACGCUGGACCAGACACCUCCCAGAACGCUCCAGCAGCAGGAGAUCUCACACGGAGAUGGAGGAGGACUACUGCAGUUAUGUUGGAUCGCCAGGAAGAAGCAGAGCAGCAAACACGGCUGCCAAAACCUCCUCCGUGACACCUCCUGGACCGCUUGGCUCCAGCUCCCCUAAAGUCAAACCUCCUUUGCCUCCAAAGCCCACCUUGUCUCCUCCUCCAAACCAGCAGGUGGAGCCCCAUCCACCAAUCACAGACCAACACCUGGACCACACGCAAGCAACCAGCGUCCAACUUCCUGACCUGCUGGGUUCUGCCGCCAAGGUAGAUCCUGCAUCACGUAACCUUCCAUCAGCAGGGGCGGAGCUUCCUCAGUCAGAUGACGACCAAGAAGAAGAAAAAGAAGAAGAUCUAGAAGAAGAAAGGGAGUCCACGACUAAGGCAACACGCACACUGGAAGGAACGCUGGAGAUCAAGCUGAAGCGGGGAGGAAGCAAGGGUCAGGACCACUGGGAGGAGAUCUUUGCUGUCGUGGACGGAAACACGCUGUGCUUGUUCAAGGAUGAAGCGGCAGCCGCUCAGGGAACCUCUAGGUGGCCUCCUGUUAGCUUGUUGGGGGCUGUGUGCAGGGAGGACCCUCACGUGAGGAUCAAGGAGAACACCUUCAAAGUCAUACUGGAUGAUGGCGCUCAGUAUUUGUUUGCGGCGUCCACACGUGAUCUUCAGCAGCUUUGGUUGAAGGCACUGCAGGCUCUCGCUGGUCCCGGCGGCGCUGACUCGGAUGAUUCGGGGCGUGCUGAACACGAGAUACAAUCAUCCACGGAGAGGCAGCCUCCACCCAAACCCCCCCACACGUUCUACAGCGAGCAUCGCUAUCCAGAGGGUGGGGAGGCCCUCAGUAAAGACACAACUCUCCGGCGCCGCGACCCGCCUCCUUCAGAGCCCCCUUCCCGUGACACCCACAACCCCCCCGCACCGCUACUGGUCCCGGACGACAAUGUGAGCAAAACCAGGAUGAGAGUCUUCCGCAAGUUCUUUGCCAAGAAGUAAACACAACAAGAAACAACAUGGCUGCCUUCAUGUUGGCACUGGCUAGCAGCUUAGGAUAUCCCAGUCAAGCUGUCAAUCAUCUCACACACGCCAAUCAAACAAGUUAGCCAUCUCAUUAAUUUCACCGUGAAAGCUAAUCAGCUAAUCAGCAAUAACGUGAUUACAUCAUUGUCAUGACGUCAUGUCUCUGUCAGCCUUUGGAGACGUGAACAGCCAAAUGGCCUUCCAAUGAUAGGAGAUGAUUAUCGUUGUCAUUCACUUUUUCACCACAAGAUGUCACCAUUAGGCCGCUGCAGGACUAAACAUGGUCAAUAGCGUUCACGCUUCAUGACGUCACAAGUAACAAAACGUGUUUGAAUGUUGAAUAA